AUGGAGUUCAGCCUUCCUAAGGCGGAGCUGGGUGCAAAAAUUUCCUCUCAGGAAGCUCGCCGACGCAAAUUGAUACUUGAUGAUUCAGAGGAUGAAUCUCCUCUACCUCAGCUGCCGCCGAAAGGGAUAGAAGAGAGUGUGGAUGGGAGGAAGAAGGGGAAAAGGCUGGUCAAGAAAGGGUUGAUUUCGGAGGGGAUGGGGAAGGCCUCGGCCCGUAAAAGCUCAAUGAGAAAAGAGAAAGGGUCUUCCUCGGCCCGACCCGAGAAGGCUGCAGGAAGCCCGAUGAAACAGCGAAAGGCAAAGGGCCGCAAGAACCAGGCCUUGGCCCACUUGCCUAAGGGGAAGGGGGGUUGGCUGGGCAGGUGGGCUCUCUAG